AUGAGUUCACGUAAAAGUACCGCCGCAAGUUUGUUAUUACGACAAUAUAGAGAAUUAACUGAUCCAAAGAAAGCUAUUCCAUCUUUUAAUAUCGAAUUAGAUGACGAUUCAAAUAUCUUCGUGUGGAAUAUCGGGGUCAUGGUACUAAAUGAAGACUCUAUCUAUCACGGUGGUUACUUCAAAGCACAAAUGAGGUUUCCCGACGAUUUCCCCUUCAGCCCACCACAGUUCCGUUUCACCCCUGCUAUUUAUCAUCCAAACGUCUACAGAGAUGGUAGACUCUGCAUUUCAAUCUUACAUCAAAGUGGUGAUCCAAUGACAGACGAGCCAGAUGCUGAAACUUGGUCUCCAGUGCAGACUGUGGAAAGUGUACUUAUUUCAAUAGUCUCCCUAUUAGAAGAUCCAAAUAUUUCAUCACCAGCAAAUGUCGAUGCUGCUGUAGAUUAUAGAAAAAAUCCAGAUCAAUAUAAACAAAGAGUCAAGAUGGAAGUUGAAAGAUCAAAACAAGAUAUCCCACCAGGCUUUAUAAUGCCAACUUCAGAAUCUGCUUAUAUCUCUUCCAGUAAUACAAAUAUCAAUGAAUUAGAUACAAAGAAAAAUAAUCUUUCUGAAAAUUUCUGGUACGAUAGUGAUGAUGAUCAAAAUUUAUCAGAUUUUGAUGGUAACUCGAUGAAUUAUGACGACAAUGAUGUGUACAAUUUCCAAGGUUAUGGAGAUGACGAUGAUGACGAUGGAAAUAUAGAAUUCGAUGACGAUGACGAUGAUUCUAUGGAUAACGAUAGUGUAAUGGAUAGAAAACAACCAAUAAAGGGGGAAGAUGAAAGUGAAGAUGUUGAAGAAAUUGAACGAAUGGAUAAAAAAUAA